AUGGAUUCUGUAACAAAGAAAACGCGGCAAGAUGGAUCAGAAGUUACUGAAAGACUUAUUACAGAGACUGUAACCACAAGAUUGACGUCCUUACCACCCAAAGGAGGCAGCAGCAGCGGGCUCAAAACAUCCCACACUGGAGGAAGCGGAGUGGAAAAGAGGUCUUACACCCAUGGCAGCAGCUAUGUGACUUCAAGUGGAAGUGGCAGAUUGAAUUCAUCAUCAUCCGCCGGGUACAGACAAACCCAGUCUCCCAGCUCUACUCUCACCAAAUCACCCGGCUCAACAUUUGAAAGAAAAACAUAUGUCAACCGCCAUGCAACGUAUGAAGGGAGCUCCAGUGCCAACUCUUCUCCUGAGUUCCCCAGAAAAGAGUUUGCAUCUGCCUCCACGAGAGGGAGAAGCCAAAGUCGAGAGAGUGAAAUACGAGUCCGACUGCAGAGCGCCUCUCCCUCUGGCAGAUGGACAGAGUUGGAUGAUGUGAAACGUUUGCUGAAAGGAAGCCGAUCAGCCAGCUGCAGCCCUACUCGAUCACCGUCAAGUACGCUCCCGAUCCCGAAAAAGGCUGUGGUGGAGACCAAGAUGGUCACUGAGAGCUCCCAGUCAGUGUCGGGGACAUACGAUACAACUAUCCUGAAUACUGCCCUCCCUUCGUACAUGUGGUCCUCCACUCUGCCUGCUGGGUCUUCCCUCGGUGGAUACCAUAACAGCUCGUCCUUGAUCAAUGCUAUGUCUCACUCUGCAGGAUCAGUUUUUGGUGUUCCAAAUAACCUGGCUCCCAGUAAUCAUAAUCUGAAUGCGGGCCUGAGCACUUCCUCUACAGUGUUUGGAGUUCAAAACAACCUGUCUCCAAGCUCUUCAUCCCUGACCCAGAAUGCUACCGCAGCCUCCGCAGCAUAUGGGAUGAAGAACACUUCUCAGAACAACACCGUGACAAGUACUGGUGUGUCUGCUUCAGCAGGGGGAACCGUUUUGACCUCCCAGGGAGAUGACAUUCUGCGCAAAGACUGCAAGUUCCUGCUGCUGGAGAAAGAGAAUGCCCCACCAAAGAAGGAGAUGGAGCUCUUGAUCAUGACAAAGGACAGUGGCAAAGUCUUUAGUGCCUCCACCACUGGGCUUAAUGGAGGAUCCUUUGCAGAAGACACCUUGAAGAAGGAGAAGCAGGGAUUUUCCUCCUCUUAUGCUACAGAUACCGGCCUAAAAUCAGAUGCAAAUGGAACAUUGAAAUCUGUGCCAACAAGGGACAAAGCGACUUACGCAGAAAUACGAAAUGGUGAAGCAGGGGGUGCAAUCGGAUCAGCACCAUCCUGGUGUCCCUGUGGUUCCUGCUGCAGCUGGUGGAAAUGGCUCCUGGGUUUGCUUCUGGCCUGGUUGCUUCUCCUUGGAUUGCUUUUUGGACUCAUUGCUCUGGCGGAAGAAGUGAGAAAGCUGAAAUCUCGUGUGGAAAACCUGGAAAAGAUCAAUGGCGGCCUCCUGACAAUUAACCAAGGGAAUUCAAAAUUAGAAAAGGAUGUUUCAAGGGUAGACUUUCUUCAUGGUACUCAACACUCCUCCACCUUCCCUUAUGAAAAUGAAGAGUCGGUGUGGUUGAUGGUGAAGAGCAGACUGAACAAGGAAAUGGAACGAGGCUACUUCCGAGGACAACCUGGUGAGAAAGGUGAUAUGGGAGUGCAAGGUCCCAGAGGAGAGCGAGGACUUCCUGGUGUCCCAGGCAUUCCUGGUCCAAUUGGGCACCAAGGACCAGAAGGACCAAAAGGACAGAAAGGCAGUAUGGGUGAUCCUGGCAUGGAAGGUCCCAUGGGACAAAGAGGUCGAGAAGGGCUACCAGGGCCUCGAGGGGAGCCUGGACCCCCUGGAUUUGGAGAAAAAGGAGACCGAGGUGCUGUUGGUGAGCCAGGUCCUCCAGGGCCACCUGGGCCUCCAGGUGCUGCUGGACUUAAAGGUCUGAUGGGUUCUCCAGGCCCACAAGGUCCUCCAGGUCCUCCUGGCCUACAAGGAUUUAGAGGAGAAGCAGGUCUCCCAGGUGCUAAGGGUGAGAAAGGAGCCAGUGGAGCCCCUGGACCCAAAGGUGAUCAGGGUGAGAAGGGUUCUCGUGGAAUGACAGGUGAACAAGGCUCAAGAGGAAUGCCUGGGCCUCCAGGGGAGCCAGGGCCUAAAGGACCUCCAGGACAAGCUGGCCGUGAUGGACAGCCAGGUGAAAAAGGUGAACCAGGUCUUAUGGGAAUGCCAGGAGCCCGAGGCCCUCCAGGACCCACUGGAGAUGCAGGACAGCCAGGUCUCACAGGACCCCAAGGGCCGCCAGGACUUCCAGGCAACACAGGCCGACCAGGGGAUAAAGGAGAACCUGGAGCUCCCGGAAAAGUCAUAAGUGCUGAGGGUUCGUCAACUAUCACUCUGCCAGGCCCACCAGGUCCCCCGGGCCCACCUGGCCCCACUGGACCCCCAGGUGUUCCAGGUCCUGUUGGACCAGCUGGUCUCCCUGGACAGCAAGGUCCACGGGGUGAGAAGGGAUCCCCAGGUGAAACUGUGAUAGAAACUAUCAAAACAGAAGUCUCAUCAUUAGCAUCUCAAAUGAUGGCAGAUUUACAAGGGCGAGCAGGACCACCAGGUCCCCCUGGACCACCAGGUGAAUCUAUUCAGGGACCCCCCGGACCUCGUGGUCCCCCAGGAGAAGGAUUGCCAGGACCUCCAGGCCCACCAGGGAGAUCAGCAUCUUCUAUAUCCACCUCAGAAACAUUCUUACAAGGCCCGCCAGGUCCACCAGGCCCACCAGGCCCGAAGGGAGACCAAGGAGAACGAGGUCCACGAGGAUUCACAGGAGAACCGGGUGAAGGAGUUACCAUGCAGGGACCUCCAGGCCUGCCAGGCCCACCUGGACCCAAAGGUGAUGCAGGUGUCCCAGGUGCCCCUGGCAUCCCAGGAGCAUCUCGAGGUGGAUCAAGACAAAUUCAGGGACCCCCAGGACCUCCUGGCCCACCUGGUCCUCCUGGCCCAGGAGGAAGUUCAUCUCAAGAGAUUCAGCAGUAUGUCACUGACUACCUGAAUAGUGACAACGUAAGGCAUUAUUUGACCGGUGUCCGAGGCCCACCAGGCCCUCCAGGCCCACCUGGAGUCAUCACCACUGCAGAUGGGACGAGCUUGGAUUAUGCAGAGCUGGCCACCCGUGUUAUGAGCUAUAUGACAAGCUCUUCAGAUCGCUAUCAGUCAUUUGCCAGUUCGGUAUCAACCACAUCCGUUUUGUACCAAGAACUUCUGGACAUGCUGCAGAGAGAAGAAAUUCGUCGGUAUCUAAUUGGGCCUCCGGGCCCACCAGGACCUCCUGGACCAGGGGGAGAUGGCGUGUCUCUGUCACUGGAUUAUGAUGAGCUGACCAGACGGUUUAUCAGCUACUUGACAAAUUCUGGGAUGAGCAUUGGGCUCCCUGGACCACCUGGGCCUCCGGGGACACCUGGUGUAUCUUACAGUGACCUGACAGCCUACCUGCGAAAUUCUGAAUUCAGUGGUCUCGUCGGGCCCCCUGGUCCUGCAGGGCCCCCAGGACCUCCAGGGAUCCCAGGAUCACCUGGCACCUCUCUGGAGGACGUCUCUGCUUAUCUACAAAGUGUAGGAUACUCCUCCUUCUCUGGAGUCCAGGGUCCACCUGGCCCUCCUGGCCCUCCGGGACCACCAGGCUUCUCAGGAACCGGCCUCCUGUCCUAUGGUGACAUCACCAACAGUGACGAGUUCAGGAGCGAGCUGAUCCAGUACUUGAAGAGUGAUGAAGUUCGAAGCUAUAUCUCAGGGCCACCUGGGCCCCCUGGGCCACGGGGACCACCAGGACCCAAAGGAGAUAGUGGCUUGGUGGCUGGGUCUAUGUCUUCAUCUUACCAAGGGUUACGGAAUUCCGAGCGGAUGCACGGAGGAUCCCUUGGUGCUGAGGGGUCCCAUGGGGGAUCACUAGGCACAGGCAGCUCAUAUGGCAGCUCCAGGAGCAGCAUGUCAUCCUACAGUGCCUCAGUGGGCAGUGAUGGCUCCUAUGAUGCUGUCAUGGGCAGUGAUGGGUCAUUUGAUGGGUUGCUGACAGAGGAGGAGUCACACAGGAGAUCGGCAGGUUCCAGUAGAUCCUACAGCAGCUCCUUCAGUGGUUCCCUGGAUUACAAUGAGCUGGCACUCCGCGUGUCAGAGAGCCUGCAGAGCCAAGGUAUUCUCCAGGACCUGAUGUCUUACAAUGCACAGGGACCCGCAGGUCCCCCCGGCCCUCCUGGUCCCCCUGGCAUCAGCAGAGUCUUUGCAGCCUAUGGCAAUGUCACCGCAGACCUCAUGGACUUCUUUAGAACAUAUGGUGCCAUCCAGGGGCCACCCGGUGAAAAGGGAGAGAGGGGUUAUCCUGGACCUAAAGGUGACCCUGGACCGAUGGGCCCACCAGGACGCCAGGGGCACAGGGGACCGAAAGGAGAGAAAGGAGAGAAAGGUGAACAGGUGUAUGUGGGCAGAAGAAAAAGACGCAGUGUUGGGGUUUAAGGAAAGAGCCAGCUCAGUUCUGCACUGGGCAGUGUUCCCAGCAGCCCAGAGAGAAUUGGCCUGAAUCUUCACUGCCUUAAUGCUCAACCAUCCCUGCUGAUGAACUAACCCUUUAGACUUGAUAGUUCAGGGUCACUGCUGAGAUGUGACCGGCUCUUUCACGUGCCCAGCGUGGCCCUGGCCUGGGUGUUUGCUCCUGUUGCUGAUCCUUGGCUUAGCUCCCCUGAGUUCCUGGGCUUCUGUCUCUUCAGGUUGGCAAGGGCUUCCUGUCUCACCCCGUCCAGGCUUCUUGUCUUAUUCCCAGCUAUGGAAAAACCUGUGUUUUUUUUAACAAUUAGCCAGCAAAAAGAAAAAAAAAGCCCUGUAAGAACCCCUGGGACUGAGCUCCCUCUUCUCACGGGGCUUUCCCUGCUGCACGCUCUCCCUGCCCGCUGCCAGCAGGAACCUGGUGAAGCAGGGGCUGGUGGUUCUGAGUGGGGCUGGGGCUCGGGGGUCUCUGGGAAGGGACAUGCUGCACUGAGGUACCCCAAACAGUGACACUGAGCCUGUGCCUGGUGGCUGCAGGGGACACGGGGACGAAUGCCCGGGCUCUGCCUUCCCCACCCAGCUGUGUGGUGCUGCUCCCCACACUCCCACUGCAGAGCUCUCAGCCCCACCAUCACCCCAGCACUUGCUUUGGGAAGUGAUGCCCUCCCAACUUGGCAGUUUUGGGGUGCUCCGUGUGCAUUAACCCCGAGCCCAGUUCCUUGGACAAACUGGUGCCACUGGGGCUCAGGCAGCGACGGGGGGCAGCAGGUGCAGGGGCUUUGCAGGGAGCCUGGGUGGGCACCUGUUUGUAGCCACCCAGCGAGACGGGACGUGCCCAGGAACCGAACCGAAGCACUUUUAAACUUAAAUUUGUUGAUCUUUUUUAAAAAAUAUUUUUGUAUUUUUUUUCUGGUUUUUAAACAUUGGGGAAAAAUAAUUGUUCAU